AUGUUUAUCCACGUCACUAUCGCCUUACUGAGUGGCCGAGAGGCCAAUGUCGAGGCUCUGCCGGGAUCUUCUCUGGAAGAGCUGAGAACAAAGGCCCAGAGUGCCCUGGGCAUCCGCGGCAGGCUGCUAGACAGCCGCGGGGCGUGGCUGGAUGAGGACAUGACUGUGACUGAAGCAGGCCUACGAGCCGGCGACCUCCUCACCUUACAGGCAAGACCGGUCAUCCUGCAAGCAAGCUCAGCCGCCUGGGCUGCCGUGCUGGGUGACGGCUGCCUGGUGACCUGGGGCAGCCCAUUUUGCGGCGGGCACGCUCACGUAGAAGCGAAGAACGUGCAGCAGCUGUGCGCCACCUUCAGCGCCUUUGCUGCGCUCGACAGCAACGGCUCGGUUGUGUCUUGGGGUAGAGAAGACUGGGGCGGGGACUGCAGUGCUGUUGAGGAUCUGCUGGAGGAUGUGCACGAGAUCCUGGCGAACAGAUUUGCAUUUGCAGCCAUCCGGACGGACCGAUCGCUGGUGACCUGGGGUGAACCGUGUUGGGGUGGUGAUGGCCCCAACCUCGAAUCGGUAAAGCAAGUUCAAGCUUCGGACCGCGCUUUCGCUGCCAUCAUAUCGGAUGGGUCUGUUGUGGCAUGGGGCGAUGUUCUUCAUGGAGGUGAUAGCAGCGAGGUGCAAGAGCAACUGAGGGGUGUGCAGCAGAUUCACGGAAACAGUUAUGCGUUUGCUGCGAUUCGAAGCGAUGGGACCGUCGUGACCUGGGGCGACCCGGAGCGCGGUGGCAACAGCAGCGCGGUCCAAGCGCAGCUCACAAAUGUGAGAACGAUCCGAGCUUCUUCCCAAGCUUUUGCCGCUAUCCGAGGCGAUGGCUCUCUGGUCGUAUGGGGCUCCAGCUUUAGCGGUGGGGACUGCGACGGUGUUAGGGAUCAGCUCGUCGACGUGCGCAAAGUCGAAGCAACAGAGUUGGCCUUCGCCGCCAUUCUUGCCAACGGCUCUGUCGUGACUUGGGGCCAGCCCCAGGACGGUGGGGACAGUCGAGCUGUCCAAGGGCAGCUCAAAACUGUGCAAGAGGUCAAGGCCAAUGACUUUGCCUUUGCCGCCAUCCGCCUGGAUCGAUCCGUGGUGACUUGGGGCGACUCACGCUUCGGAGGUGACAGUAGCAAGGUUCAAGAGCAGCUCCAAGAUGUUGAAUCACUUCAUGCCACCGGCCAUGCAUUCGCCGCCUUGCGCUCCGACGGCUCUGUGGUGACAUGGGGCUGCCCACGAUACGGAGGUGACAGCAGUGCCGUCCAAGAGCAGCUCACGAAGGUGCAGCAUAUCCAGGGCACCUUCAUGCCUGCCCGGGACUCGAAUGGUGGCUCCUUCGCCGCCGUGCGGGACGAUGGCUCGAUCAUCACCUGGGGUGAUCGGGACUCCGGCGGCGAUAGUCGCCGCAUCCAGGAGCAGCUCCACAUGGCGCCCAAGAGACGAAAAGACAGCAAAGGCCUACGAGCCGGCGACCUCCUCACCUUACAGGCAAGACCGGUCAUCCUGCAAGCAAGCUCAGCCGCCUGGGCUGCCGUGCUGGGUGACGGCUGCCUGGACGGUGGGGACAGUCGAGCUGUCCAAGGGCAGCUCAAAACUGUGCAAGAGGUCAAGGCCAAUGACUUUGCCUUUGCCGCCAUCCGCCUGGAUCGAUCCGUGGUGACUUGGGGCGACUCACGCUUCGGAGGCAUGGUCGGGGUAAAGCCUUUUGAUUCUGUCUCAAUCCGGUUCCGCGAGUUCUCAACCAUCUCGAACCCUGAGCCGUAA